AGCGUGAUGACGUAAGAGAGCGCACGGGGUGACGUAGCUCAGUUGCAACGUGCUUUAACUCUGGGUUUUCGCUCAGGUCCCACCUACAGUGUAACAUAGACCUCUGUGUUCGGUGUAGUUGAACAUUCCGUGCUUUCGGGAGCUGGACGCGGAGGCGGGGUCCUGCAGGAACGGCUCGGGGCGCGGAGGAAAGAGCGACAGGAGCGCCUGACGGCAGGACUGUGCGGGUGAAGAAGGCUGCCCCGGCGGACUGCGAGCUCGGGACGUACCCCGACCCGACCGUCCGGUGGAACCCUGGCCGGUCUCACAAUGCUCGGGGCCCGGCGCCUACUUGGCGCGCUGCGCCUCUGUUCCUCCGUUUCCUGCCCCAGGCCCCGCGCUUCUGUCAAAAUGCGCGUGCGGGAUGCCCUCGGGGUCCAGGACGCGAGUGGGGAGUGCGUAACGGUGCAGGGGUGGAUCCGGUCAGUCAGAUCCCAGAAGAAAGUUUUGUUCCUGCAUGUAAAUGAUGGAUCUUCUUUGGAAAGUCUUCAGGUUGUUGCUGAUUCAAGCUUUGACAGUAGAGAAUUGGCUUUUGGGAGUUCUGUGCAAGUCCAAGGGCAGCUGGUCAAAAGUCAGUCCAAGAGGCAAAAUGUGGAACUGAAGGCAGAAAAGAUUGAAGUUAUUGGAAAUUGUGAAACCAAGGCAUUCCCUAUAAAGUAUAAGGAGAGACAUCCUCUGGAGUACCUGAGACAGUAUCCUCACCUGAGGUGUAGGACUAAUGCUCUGGGUUCUAUAUUGAGGGUCCGCAGUGAAGCCACAGCUGCUAUUCAUUCUUACUUUAAGGACAAUGGCUUUGUGCACAUUCACACCCCAGUACUCACAUCCAAUGACUGUGAGGGGGCUGGAGAGCUUUUUCAAGUGGAGCCUUCAAGCAAAAUAAAGGUACCUGAGGAGAAUUUCUUUGAUGUUCCUGCUUUCUUAACUGUCUCAGGACAACUUCACCUAGAAGUGAUGUCAGGAGCUUUUACCCGAGUAUUUACCUUUGGUCCAACAUUCCGAGCUGAGAAUUCUCAGAGCCGUAGACACCUGGCUGAAUUUUAUAUGGUUGAAGCAGAGAUUUCUUUUGUUGAAAGCCUUCAGGAUCUCAUGCAAGUCAUGGAGGAACUCUUCAAGGCGACCACUGAGAUGGUUCUCUCACACUGUCCUGAAGACGUUGAACUGUGUCACCAAUUCAUAGCUUCUGGCCAGAAGGGCAGACUAGAACAUAUGCUAAAAAACAACUUCAUAAUCAUUUCUUAUACGGAAGCGAUUGAGAUCUUAAAGCAAGCAUCCCAGCACUUCACCUUCACACCCAAGUGGGGUAUUGAUCUACAAACUGAACAUGAGAAGUACCUGGUGAGACACUGUGGCAACACACCCGUCUUUGUCAUUAACUAUCCAUCAGAACUCAAGCCCUUCUACAUGCGGGAGAAUGAAGAUGGUCCUCAGCAUACAGUUGCUGCUGUAGAUCUUCUGGUUCCUGGAGUUGGGGAGCUCUUUGGAGGUAGCCUCAGGGAGGAACGGUACCACGUCCUAGAGCAGCGACUAGCAAGAUCAGGACUUACAAAAGCUUACCAGUGGUACCUAGACCUUCGCAAGUUUGGAUCUGUGCCACAUGGAGGCUUCGGGAUGGGAUUUGAACGCUAUUUACAAUGCAUCCUAGGAGUUGAUAAUAUCAAAGAUGUUAUCCCUUUUCCAAGAUUUACUCAUUCAUGUCUUUUGUAGCUGAAAGAUUGUUUAAUGAAAAGUACUCUAUCCCCAAGACUCUGCACAUGAGUAUAUAUAGAGAAGACUGGGUGUUUGCAUUCUGGAAAUGUAGAUUUCAGUGCACAAUUCUUGUGCUAUGAAAAAUACAAAUGGACAUGAUUAUCUUAAGAAGUCAAAGGCUUUUCAUGGACAGCUAAACUCCCCCAAAGAGAAUAACUUUCUCAAGUGGACUUUCAAAUUCGUUACCUCGAUUAGGAAAAAAUGUAGUAGCUGGGCAUGUUGUCCAGCUCCUGGAGAAGCUGGUACCGGAAAGAAACUUGAGCUUGGAUAACAUCUCAAGAAAGAAGAAAGGAAAAUGUGGAAGUGUAGGGUCUCAGAGUUCCUCGGGGACUCUGACCUGAUGGGCAUGUGUCACCUUGCUUAGAUUCUCAUUGGUAGCUUAUUUCCCUUUGUUUUUUGUUUGUUUGUUUGUUUUGUUUUGUUUUUUGGUUUUUUGUUUUUAAACAACUAGUGGCCAAAAAAAAUUGAUGCUGCCCCUUGUCUCUCUUGGCAUUUAAACUUACGCAACUCCAAUCUUAUUCUCAGUGCUUUACUCAACUUUCUAGAAGAAAAUUUUCCUUUUCAGAGUCUAAAUCGAUUAAUGAAGUGGCUAUUCUGAAUUGAAACAUUCAUCAUUGAGUGAUUAAAAAAAAUCACAUUUAAUUACUCUUGCUCUGUAGCUUUAAAAGUUAAAGAGCUAACAUUAACCAUUUAAGUUUGUCAAUCAUUGUUCUAGUUCAUUUAUAUUAGAUGUUUAUAAAUAUUCUAAUAGUCAUUAAAAUAUUUAAUUUGAUACCUAUGAAGAAAGUUAUUUUUAAAUUCCUCGUGAUCCUUUCCCAGUGAAAUUUAGAAGAAACAUAUCUUCUAAAUCGAAGGUAAGGUUGGAAAUGUAGCCAAACCUAAUGUGAUGGGUAAUUUUAGAAUAUGGUGUGGCCUGAUAGAAUGUGACCAGUGCCACUUUGGGUGCUCAAAAUCUGACACUGCCAACACCUUGGACUGAAUCACUUUCUUUGUAUAAACUGAAACAUCAUUUCUUCAGAGUUGGUACAGUACUUGGACACACUUGGAUUUGCAUGUGUAUUUAAAACCAUGCUUGAACUAGAAAUGUAGCUCAGAGUUAGAGCAUUUGCCUAGCAUGUUUGGGGCUCUGGGUUUGAUCCAUGACAUGGGUAGGAGUAGGGGUGUCAUACUUUAAAGUCCCCUGACUUGUUUUCGUCUUCACUGGGCUUCAUUUAUCUGGAACUAUUGUUGGUUGUGAAUUCAAUAGAGUUUAUAUGUAUCAAAUAAUGAUAAAAAGACAUGCAUACAUAAAAUAAUUUUCAAAGUUUCAUUU